AUUCAGAAUCUGCUUCCCCUCGCGUUUCUCCGUCCGUCUCCUGCCAGAUGCUAACAGCAUGAUAUUUUGCAACCAUUUAGGUGAAUACAAGAAGGACGAACUCCUGGAAGCUGCGAGGAGCGGUAAUGAAGAAAAACUGAUGGCUUUAUUGACUCCUCUAAAUGUGAACUGCCAUGCAAGCGAUGGGCGUAAAUCCACCCCUCUGCACCUCGCCGCGGGCUACAACCGGGUGCGCAUCGUGCAGCUCCUGCUCCAGCACGGCGCCGACGUCCACGCCAAGGACAAGGGGGGUCUCGUGCCGCUCCAUAACGCGUGUUCCUACGGGCACUACGAAGUUACGGAGCUGCUGCUCAAGCACGGCGCCUGCGUCAACGCCAUGGACCUGUGGCAGUUCACGCCGCUGCACGAGGCGGCCUCCAAGAACCGCGUGGAGGUCUGCUCGCUGCUCCUGAGCCACGGCGCCGACCCCACGCUGCUCAACUGCCACGGCAAGAGCGCCGUGGACAUGGCCCCCACGCCGGAGCUGCGCGAGAGGCUCACGUAUGAAUUCAAGGGACAUUCCUUGCUGCAGGCAGCCCGAGAGGCAGACCUGGCCAAGGUGAAGAAGACUCUCGCUUUGGAGAUCAUUAAUUUCAAGCAGCCGCAGUCGCACGAAACUGCCCUGCACUGCGCCGUGGCCGCGGUGCAUCCCAAGCGGAAGCAGGUUACAGAGCUGCUGCUCAGGAAGGGGGCGAAUGUGAAUGAGAAAAACAAGGACUUCAUGACACCUUUGCAUGUUGCAGCUGAGAAAGCUCACAACGAUGUCAUGGAAGUUCUGCAUAAGCAUGGAGCAAAGAUGAACGCCCUGGACACGCUGGGUCAGACCGCCCUGCACCGCGCGGCGUUGGCCGGUCACCUGCAGACCUGCCGGCUCCUGCUCAACUACGGCUCCGAUCCCUCCAUCAUCUCCCUGCAGGGCUUCACGGCGGCGCAGAUGGGCAACGAGGCUGUGCAGCAGAUCCUGAGCGUAGAAAGCACCCCUGUGCGCACAUCCGAUGUGGAUUAUCGCUUGUUAGAAGCAUCCAAAGCAGGAGAUUUGGAAACUGUGAAGCAACUGUGCAGCCCCCAGAACGUGAACUGCCGGGACCUGGAGGGGCGCCACUCGACGCCGCUGCACUUCGCCGCGGGCUACAACCGCGUCUCCGUGGUGGAGUUCCUGCUGCACCACGGCGCCGACGUGCACGCCAAGGACAAGGGCGGCCUCGUACCCCUGCACAACGCCUGCUCCUACGGGCACUACGAGGUGGCCGAGCUGCUGGUGCGACACGGCGCCUCCGUCAACGUCGCCGACCUCUGGAAAUUCACUCCCCUGCACGAAGCGGCAGCGAAAGGGAAAUACGAGAUCUGCAAGCUGCUCCUAAAGCAUGGAGCCGACCCGACGAAAAAGAAUCGCGACGGGAACACUCCGCUGGACCUGGUGAAGGAAGGGGACACGGACAUCCAGGACCUGCUGCGGGGCGACGCUGCCCUGCUGGACGCGGCCAAGAAGGGCUGCCUGGCCCGGGUGCAGAAGCUGUGCACGCAGGAGAACAUCAACUGCAGGGACACGCAGGGGAGGAACUCCACGCCGCUGCAUCUCGCAGCUGGCUACAACAACCUGGAAGUAGCAGAAUACCUGCUGGAGCACGGCGCCGACGUGAACGCGCAGGACAAAGGAGGGCUGAUCCCCCUUCACAACGCAGCCUCCUACGGGCACGUGGACAUCGCGGCGCUGCUGAUCAAGUACAACACGUGCGUCAACGCCACGGACAAGUGGGCCUUCACGCCGCUGCACGAGGCGGCGCAGAAGGGGAGGACGCAGCUCUGCGCCCUGCUGCUGGCGCACGGAGCCGACCCCACCAUGAAGAACCAGGAGGGACAGACGCCCCUCGACCUGGCCACACGUCCAGGGGAGCUGGCCGCCGCGGGAGCCUCCAACGCCGGCGACGGCGCCGCCGGCACCGACAGGAAGGAGGCGGAAGUUGCUGGCCUGGACAUGAACAUUAGCCAGUUCCUGAAGAGCCUUGGUCUUGAACACCUCCGGGACAUCUUUGAAACGGAGCAGAUAACCCUGGAUGUGCUGGCGGACAUGGGGCACGAGGAGCUUAAAGAAAUUGGGAUUAACGCUUACGGGCACCGUCACAAGCUAAUAAAAGGCGUGGAGAGACUUCUAGGAGGACAGCAAGGCACCAAUCCGUAUCUGACGUUCCACUGCGUGAGCCAGGGCACCAUUCUCCUGGACCUGGCUCCUGAUGACAAGGAGUACCAGUCCGUCGAGGAAGAGAUGCAAAGUACGAUCCGGGAGCACCGGGAUGGGGGGAACGCUGGCGGCAUCUUCAACAGGUACAAUGUCAUCAGGAUUCAGAAGGUUGUGAACAAGAAGCUGCGGGAGAGGUUCUGCCACCGCCAGAAGGAGGUGUCGGAGGAGAACCACAACCACCACAACGAGCGCAUGCUCUUCCACGGCUCUCCCUUCAUCAACGCCAUCAUCCACAAGGGCUUCGACGAGAGGCACGCCUACAUCGGGGGCAUGUUCGGAGCGGGCAUCUACUUUGCGGAGAACUCCUCCAAGAGCAACCAGUACGUGUACGGCAUCGGCGGCGGCACGGGCUGCCCCACGCACAAGGACCGCUCCUGCUACAUCUGCCACAGGCAAAUGCUCUUCUGCAGAGUGACCCUCGGCAAGUCCUUCCUGCAGUUCAGCACCAUGAAGAUGGCGCACGCCCCGCCGGGGCACCACUCCGUCAUCGGGAGGCCGAGCGUCAACGGGCUCGCGUACGCUGAGUACGUCAUCUACCGCGGAGAGCAGGCAUACCCAGAAUAUCUCAUUACGUACCAGAUUGUGAAACCAGAGGCUCCCUCACAGACAGCGACAGCAGCAGAGCAAAAGACCUAGUGACUGCGGGGCAGCACAGAGGGAUGUGACUUCAACCUUGGACUGGAUGGACGCGUGUUUCGGAGUAUCGGUAUCCUAUAAAUUCCCUAAAAUCCCGGAAAAUAAGCUGUAUGUCCUUUAUAAAGCAUUGCUCCCUUGGUG